CAUACAUGUAAAUUCAGAUUAACGCGAGGACAUGUUUGCCGCGAAACGCAUAAAGGAUGAACCUAAAGACGGUCGAAGGCGGAGGAGGGGAUAACGCACAGCUAUGGCUUCCGCCACGCUCCCCUUCUUCACUCUCUCACCUCCUUCCCCUAAGGUGCAGCUGAGAGUGGAAAGUUCGAUGCUUUCGAGCUGUUCCCUGAGGCCGAAGGUGGUUUCCCGAAUGCAGAAAGAUGGCAGAGGGCGGCGAGUGUGGCGGCGAAGAAAAUUGACAAAGAAGGAUGACAUGUUGGGAUACAAGAUGGAGAGAGUGCCAUUUCUUGAGGAGCAGGUUCGGAAGGUAAAAGACGGAGGGCAGCUCUUGGGAAUGGACAUUGAGAGACUACUGUUAUCGGAGGAUAACCGGUUUGAUUUUGUCAAUGACGUAGCGGCCGAGGCCAUUGAGUAUGUGGAGAACAACAGAGACGAGUACGGGGGUAAGAAGAAAGCCAUCCUUCAAGUGAUAAGCAACCGAGUGAAUGAUGCUGGAUUUUUUAGACCAGAGGCAUAUGAAGAAUCUGACCCCUUCAAGCCAGGGCCUUCUUACUUGAAAGAAGAAUUUACUUAAGAGUAAAUUAGUUACACCAUUGAUACAUGUUGUAAUGGUUGAUUUUUAAUCCCCUUAGUUGAUCUUGUUUAUCAUUAGUCUCCGAUGUUAAGUAAACUUGUAAACUUGUAAGGUGAUGAUAUGCGAUAUGAGCCAAUUGUCAAUGUGUUGCUCGAUGGAUUAUGAUGACCUAACGAGUGUUGUGCUA